GGGUUUUCUGGGAAAACACGCUGCGGGGCCCGACUCCUGCGGUUUGAACUUGGCGGGUCUGAUGCAGGCGGCGGGGCCAUGGCGGGAGGCCACUUCGGUUGUGUGCACCCGCUACCUCGUCCGCUGCCAGCUUUCCUCCCGGUCCUCCUCCAUCUCUGUCGCCGACUUCAUGGCGGACCCUCGGGGCCCAGGGCUGGAGGAGGUAGCGUUGACUCAGUGCCUGUCGCCGCCGUCUAUGAGCUGCAGCAACUCCACCCUGUCCCUGUUGUCUCCCCUUGGCCACCAGAGCUUUCCGUUUGGGGAGGACGACAGUGAAGGGGAGGAUGAAGAAGCCCUGAACGGAGAUCCCCUUGAGUCAGAGGCCAAGAUGGAGAGCCUGGAAAGAAUGGAGUCACAGGGGCGCUCCAGCUGUGAAGUUCAAUCACAGAAUAUGCAAGUACAGAAGCAGGUGCAAGUGUGGGAAAGCAGCCUGACACCGUGGGAGAUGUGGUUUGUUGGCAAAGAAAAAGAAGAGCGUUACCGGCUACAACAGAAAAUUCUAGAGGAAUUAAAUAAACAAAUAGAAAAAAGGAAGGAAAUGGAAGAACGUGAAAAAAGAAAGAUAAUUGCUGAAGAAAAGCACAAGCAAUGGGUUCAGAAGAAAAAUGAACAGGAAAGGAAAGAGAGGGAACAGAAAAUUAAUAAAGAAAUGGAAGAAAAAGCAGCAAAGAAACUGGCAAAAGAACAUUUGCAAGAAAAAGCAAAAGAAAAAUACAAAGAGUGGUUGAAGAAAAAAAAAGCUGAAGAAUGUGAGAAGAAGAAAAAAGAAAAGGAAAAAGAACAGCAACGGCAAGCAGAAUUACAGGAGAAAAAGGAAAUAGCAGAAAAAAAGUUUAAGGAAUGGUUGGAAAAUGCAAAAAAUAAACCUCGUCCAGCUGCAAAGAGCUAUGGUUACGCCAGUGGAAAGCUUACAGAUUUUUACAACGGAAAUUCCUACCCAGAACCAACUUUCUAUAACCCAAUUCCAUGGAAGCCAAUUCAUAUGCCCAGGCCGAAAGAAGCAAAGAGUGGGUCAGGAAAGAAGAGUAAGUCAGUGCCGAGUCAACCGCGCACAUCGUCGUCCCUGACCGCUCGUAGAGCCAAGAACAACCUUUGCCUUGGAACUCUGUGCCGAGUCCAGAGAUAGAGCCUGUGCACAGCAGACCUUUCCACCUGGAGCUGCUCAAGUUUAAACGCAGAGUAGUUUUCUCUACACUUCUUCAUCAUUAAGUCAGCAUUUCGUGUGAUAAUUGAUGGCUACCAAAAGUUUAAAUUUUUAGAUGGAAUACUUAAAGAUAGUUUUUACAUUUUGAUUUUUAUAAACCGUUGAGGUUGGUCUAGUGAUUGUAUUCUAGUUUUUAUUAAAACUAACUAUAGUAUCAAUAAACCAAUAGUUUUUCUUGUGUCCUUUUGUACUGUGUUUUUGCUUGUGUUACAUACUUAUAAGAUUCAUUUGUUCAAACAGGCACUUCUAAAGCUUACGUUAAUCACAUGGGGUAGAAACUAAGCAUAAUAAGCUCCAGUGUUUGCAGUGUUUGUUAAUGUUUUAGUGCAGCUUUCCAUGAAGAUGUUUUUAAGCUUCUCUUGUUUGCAUUUAUUUAUUUUACGUGUGUGCAUAUGCAUAUACUACAACAUGCGUGUGGAGAUCAUGGGUCAACCUGGAGCAGGUCAGAUCUCUACUUCUGCUGUGUGGAUUGAACUCAGGCUGUCGGGGUUGCGGAACAGACAUCUUUACCAGACAUCGUCUCAUUGGUUCUCUGUGGAGAUACUAAGAAUAAUUAAAAAAAUAAAAAUAAUAACUGAAAGACUACUCUGCAACACAGAAGUAAGGGCUGGAGUUUUUAAAAGAAAAUUUAAAAUAUUGUUUUUUGCUGUAGUUUUCAGGCUGAUGUUUUUAUAAUGUUAAGAUACUGAUAUUUUGUCACACUUCAUAAAAUCCUUUUUAUAUGCUAUUAUAAUUGGAUUACUGACUUUGAAGUUAGGGUUAUGAUUAGAUUACUACUGGCCACCUUAAAUGUCAAAUAAAACUUGUAACUCUC